GAGCUCGUGCGACGUGCAACGGCCCUUUCAUCUUCCCCGCGUCCUCGACGUUGAUGCCACCUGUGUCUGCCUCCUAUAUCUCGAUCUUCGAAUAUAUAUCCGACUACAAGUCUGCAAGAAGAUGGACUACACCUUCGGUGGCAAAUACAGGCUUGAGGAGGAGCUCGCAAUUGGCGGUUGUGGAACCGUCUUCUACGGUGUGCACACCGUGGCCGGCAAAGAAGUCGCCAUCAAAGUCGAACCCGCCAUCGCCAAGCAUAGCCCUCUCAAGCACGAAUCCAAAAUCUACAAAUCUCUUAUGGGAGGACCAGGCGUCCCCUGGAUCAUUUGGUCUGGAAAGCAAGGCGACUACAAUGUCAUGGUCAUCGACCUCCUCGGUCCUUCACUCGAAGACCUCUUCAAGAUGUGUAAUAGACACUUCUCUCUCAAGACUGUACUCUUACUCGCUGACCAGUUGAUAUCCCGCAUUGAAUUCAUUCAUUCUCACGACCUCGUACACCGCGAUAUCAAACCCGCCAAUUUUGUCAUGGGCACCGACCGUGCCUCGUAUAUCGUCAAUGUCAUUGACUUCGGUCUCGCUAAGAAGUUCCGCGACCCACGAACGGGAGGACACAUCCCGUAUCACCAAGACCCUCACCACGGCGUUGGGACGUCGCUUUUUGCCUCCAUCAAUACCCAUCUCGGCAUCGAAUGUUCACCGCGAGAUGACCUGGAGUCUCUCGCGUACAUGUUAAUCUAUUUCCUGCGCGGGACGCUACCGUGGCGGAAAAUCAAGUCCACCACCGUGGUGGGCACGUGGGAUCUUAUCCGGGACGCGAAGCUCGCGGCCGAAAGCACAAUCACACAUAAUCUUCCCCGCGAGUUUGGUGUGCUCUACGAGUACUCGCGCGCUUUAGCCUUCGGAGACAUACCCGACUAUGCUGGAAUGCGUGAAAUGCUCCGUGGCCUUGGGAUACGCGUUGGCGCGCGGUAUCCAGACUUUGAUGACGCGUCGAGCCUUUCAGGCUCUUCGACCACUGGUGCACCGGAAGACUGGUGUGGAUUCGAUUGGAUGGUUGGAAGAAGUGGCGAGAGCGAGAAACGAGGGCGCGUAUGUGAGGCGUGCAAUAAGCGAAGAGAGGCGUCCUCUUCAUGGCGGGGGCGCGAGUAGUGUAUAUCAAAGUAUAUUUCGAGGUCAUUCCGUUGUGUUAUAGGACUAAGAUAUCGGCAAUAUGCCACGGUUAUCACACUCCUUCUAGGUGCAGGGCGGCCUUCUUAUUCUCCCUCGAUGCCUACGCAGCGUCUUUUAUUUCCUUUGGCAUGUUGGGCUUGGCUCAUGGCCUCGCGAUCGCAACUUCUUGAAACCCCGUCUCUCGCCCUCACUAUCUUGUCCUGCGAGCUUUGGAGCCUAUUCUUUCCCCACAAAUUCGGGCGCGGUGAUGGCGGUCCCGCAGUGCCUCGUGGAUUUUAUGUACUACGAUAACUACGACCGCAGAAGGACAUGGUUCUUGAUGAUAUCUUGCCGAGCGUAUGACUGAACGACUCGUAUGACCGAAACCGACAUUUUCACGAUUGGUACGAACACUCUUCACAUACAUGCCGCAAGGCCGCGAUCCAUCAUGCCUGUUGUUUAGAUAUUUUCUUUCAUAGUUAAUACCGUCGCCUAGCCCUGCCGCUGUGAUCACAUUCUUUAUACGAUUCGCUUUGCCCCUGAACGUAAGACACUGUCUGUGCCAUUUGUUUCUGCCUUGCUUUGUAUACACACUUUUAACGGACACGCCUCGAAUGCAUAUCUUGAUAAACUUCC